UGCUAGCAUGCUAAUGUGCAAAGCAAACUCUUAAGUCAACUUUGCCUUGUGCGGCAGCAUGGAAACGAACGCGAGCAGGUAGUAGACAGAAUCAGCACCAAAGUUGAAUUUGUCGAGAAUUACGCGGACGGAUAAUACGAAACGCAGCCAGUAAAUGUCCGCGAACGUUUGCUCUCCCGACAAGUGCAAGAAGUUCUCGGUUUACAUGGAAUAACGCUGUGUCUCGAAUACUUUUGAAGUCGGCUUGAAAGAGCGUUUGAGGACAAUGAACCUGUCUUUUGACGACCCGUCGCUGGACACCCUGGGCUCCAGUUUGUCUUUUCACGAUCCGAGUGAUAUCGACACGGCUCUGCUCUAUGACAUCGACGAUAUGCUCCAGUUUAUCAACCACCAGGACAUGGAGUUUGGAGGGCUGUUCGAUCACGCUCCAUUUCCUGCCCCCUCGCAGGACCUCUCAGUCCUGCCCCGCUCCAGCCCUUCCUCUCCUCCACCCACCAACACCUCCUCCAUCCUCAGCAGCAGCCCACACCUGGAUGCCCUGCUGGGCCCCCCCAUCACCCGCAGCUCCUCCAUCCCGGACAAGGUGUUUCAGCCUCCCACUUUCCAGCAGUCUCCUCUGGCACAGGUGACCUCCACCCCCGCAAACCCCGCCACACUGCAGACCACGCAGCCCAAAGCUCAGCCUGCUCCAUCUCCCAAUGCAUAUUACAUGUUUAAUGAAAUUCUUGCCUUUCUGUCCUCUCGUGAUCUGGUUAUUGCAGCUGUCACUCAGCAGAGCUCCCCUCAGCCAAUCCCGAGUCUCCCCGCCUCUCUACAGAAUGUUCAGCCAAUGGCCAUCCAAGCCCAUGUGCAGAGCCUCACGGCUUCACCAAUCCUGACCACCUCCUCCAGCCCUCCCACACAGACCAUCUCCCCUCAGGUUCAGCAGCUUCCUGUUUUGUUGCAGCCGCAGUUCAUUAAGGCAGACUCUCUCUUGCUCACAACUUUGAAGCCAGUGACAACAGUAACAACAGUAGCGUCACCCUGCAUCACAUCCACGACGCCAGUCCAGAACACCUCACUGCAGGCACUGAUGAGUGGAGGCACCAUCCUGACCACCGUUCCACUGAUGGUGGACACCGAGAAACUGCCCAUCAGUCGCAUCACCAUCAGCGGGAAACUAGGCGGCCUGCCGCAUAAGGGCGAGAAACGCACGGCCCAUAACGCCAUCGAAAAACGCUACCGCUCCUCCAUCAAUGACAAGAUCAUUGAGCUCAAAGACCUGGUGGCUGGGACAGAAGCUAAGCUCAAUAAGUCGUCCGUGUUGAGGAAAGCCAUUGACUACGUUCGCUACCUUCAGCAGUCCAACCAAAAACUAAAGCAGGAGAACAUGGCACUCAAAAUGUCCAUUCAGAAGAACAAGUCUCUGAAGGACCUUGUGAUCAUGGAGGUGGACGUGAAGCCAGAAAUCCCCACCCCUCCAGCAUCAGACGUCGGCUCGCCUCAAUCCAGCGGCCCUUUCUCCCACCACGGCAGCGACUCGGAGCCGGACAGCUCGAUGGAAGAAGACAACAAGCCUGUGGUUGAGAGGGCUGGAGGAAUGCUGGACCGCUCUCGCAUGGCUCUGUGUGCCUUCACCCUGCUCUUCCUGUCCUUUAACCCGCUGGCGUCCCUGCUGUGUGGCGGCUGGAGCAGCUCUGGGACGACUGUCUCUGGACACACAGGAAGGAGUCCACUGGCAGUGCCAGAAGCAGCUGAGUCUUGGGGCUGGAUGGAUUGGAUGUUGCCCACUCUUCUGGUGUGGCUGUUGAACGGUGUUCUGGUCGCUGGAGUUUUGAUCCGCCUGCUCGUGUAUGGAGAACCUGUGACCAGACCCCACUCAGAAUCAUCCGUCCUCUUCUGGAGACACCGCAAGCAGGCCGAUCUGGAUCUAGCCAGGGGAGACUUUGCUCAGGCCUCUCAGAACCUCUGGACGUGCCUCAAAGCUCUUGGUCGUCCUCUGCCCACGUCUCAGCUGGACCUGACCUGUGCGGUUCUGUGGUCCGCCCUGCGUCUGUGUCUGCAGAGGCUGUGGGUGGGCCGCUGGCUAGCCAUCCGUGCCGGAGUCCUCCGUUCCAACCGCCCCCUACAGGAAGAUGCCCGCAAGAGCUGCCGCGAUGCCGCCUUGGUCUACCACCGUCUACACCAACUCCACAUGACCGGCAAGCUCGGCGGAAGCCACCUCUCUGCGAUCCACAUGGCGCUGAGCGCUCUCAACCUGGCCGAGUGUGCAGGAGACUGUCUCCCCAUUGCCACACUGGCUGAAAUCUAUGUGUCUGCAGCCCUCCGGGUUAAAACCAGCCUGCCCCGCCUGCUUCACUUCACUACUCGAGUGUUCUUGAGCAGCGCUCGGCAAGCCUGUCUCUCGCCCAGUGGCAGCGUCCCUCCUGCCAUGCAAUGGUUGUGUCACCCGCUGGGUCAUCGUUUCUUUGUGGAUGAGGACUGGUCCAUACGCAGCACCCCUAAAGAGAGCAUCUACAGCCAGGCAGGGAACUCAGUUGACCCGCUGGCUCAGGUGACCCAGGCGUUCCGCGAGCAUCUGUUGGAAAAGGCCCUCUACUGUGUGGCACAGCCGCGAGGCAACAAGAACCUCACUGAUGGAGAUGGUGAAUACUCAGACUCUCUGGAAUACCUGCAGUUACUCACCAGCGCCUCAGACGCAGCAGGAGCCACAACACAGUCCUUCGCCAUCGGAUCAAACAUGGCCACCGUUACAGGAUGUGACCCUCACUCGAAAUGGUGGUCGUCGGUUGCCGUGGUGAUCAUUAAUUGGCUCCAGGGAGAUGAUGUGGCGGCAGAGAGAUUGUACCCAGCGGUGGAGCACUUGCCCCACAGCCUUCAGACCGCUGAGAGUCCACUGCCCAAAGCCUGUCUUAACACUUUUAAAGCGGUGCGCGCUCUGCUGGCCAAACCAGAGAACUACCAGCUCAGCCUCAGCUACUGUGAGAGAGCCAGCGGCCUGUUCAGAGACAGCCUCAAUCUCGGCCCACACUGCAGCACCAACACAUUAGACAAGCUGGUGCAGUUGCUGCUGUGUGAUCUGUUGUUGGUGACGCGUACUAAUGUGUGGCGGGAGCAGCAGGUGGCGUCUCAGCAGAGCUCCCCGACGGCCGCCUCUCCUGCAGAGCUGCAGGGCUUCCAGCAGGACCUCAGCUCGCUCCGCAAGCUCGCCCAGAGCUUCAGACCGGCCAUGCGCAGGUUGUUUCUGCAUGAAGCCACAGCUCGGCUGAUGGCGGGAGCCAGUCCCACGCGCACACACCAGCUCUUGGACCGCAGUCUGCGCCGCCGCGCCACGCCUGGAAGCAGAACAGAGGAGUGUGAGGUGCAUCCAGGCCAGCGGGAGCAGGCAGAGGCCGUGAUGCUGGCGUGCCGCUAUCUGCCUCCUUCCUUCCUGUCAGCUCCGGGCCAGAGGGUGGGCAUGCUGGUGGACGCCGCCCGGACGCUGGAGAAACUAGGAGACAAACGCACCCUCCACGACUGCCAACAGAUGAUCAUCAGACUAGGCAGCGGAACGACCGUCACCUCCACCUAGCCACCUACACACACACACUUAAGAGCACUUUUACAAACACACCCCAAGAUCUCUCAGAAUCAACACGCUCUUCAUUUCAGGCCUCGGUGUCGUCCAAGAACGCCAAGACUCUCCCCAACAGUUCAGAACUGCAUAUUCAAAACCAGUGACGAGAUGCAGAGGCAAUAACGAGACCCUCAUCCAAACGCAGUGUUUUCUCGACCUUUUUGAUAUGAAAUUGAAUAUUUAACUUAUUUAUCUGCCCUAAAAGAAAUUGAAGAUAUUGCUGGUCUUCUGUGAAGCGAUGCACUGUCAGUGCUGACUCGGGCCAGUAGAUGGUGAUUUGGUGAACUGGACGCUGCUCCGUGGUUGAAUUGGAAACGUAUUGUAGAGCUUCGCUUUACUUAUUAGCACCUUUGAGAGAUGUCGACCUCCAGCUGAAUAAAGUACUUCCUACUUACAGCACGUUAUCAUCCGGGAUGAAUUCUGCAUAUCGAUUUGAGAAAAUUAAGGCUUUAUAAAACUUUUUUCUUUGUAUGUUUGUUUUAGAUAAGUGUAUUUAUGAUUUGUCUGAUGGCACAUCUUGUCAUGCUGCUGCAAUUGAACCAUUUGAAGAAGUCAGCAGAACAAAAAAAAACUGGAUUUGUGUCCAUGUGCGCUAUUUAGUGAGUGGGCCGCUCGGUCGCCACUGAAUCCACCGUUUCUUUUGUAUUUCCAAACCAGUCUUCCAUUGGAGUCAGUGAAUCCAAAUAAUUUCAUCUUUAUCAUCUCAAGACAUAUUUAUCCAAAGAUCAGAUUUGAGAGCGAUAUGAGGAUCUGCCUGCAGCUCGUUAGGGAGAGAAGCAUAUUUAUAUUUCAUCUCUAGUCACCGUUAUGCACGAACUCUGAUUACUAGACAUGUAUUCUGUUCGCGGUAACAGAGAUUUGCAAUUGACAUUCAUUACUUGUUCGCUAACUUCUCUGUAGUGCUUGUGAUCGAGUCUCAAAGACGGAAUGUGUUUAAACUCACAGGCGCACACUUAGCAUAUCUUCUGUUUGAUUUAUUCUUAAGAAUGUAAAUAAAAGUCUUUUGUAAUGAAAUUGGUCUGCGUUUAUAAUCUUGGGAUUUUUCCCAACUUGUGUGCUUUUCCAGGACAGAAGGGCAUACAGCAUUAGAACAACACGACGCCGACAAAGAUGCACAGAAAGAAAACAAAACCUGAUUUUGAUCUCAAUUCCAAAAGACAGCUGUUCAUGUUCACACAUCUAUUAUAUUUCAUGGCAGUGUUACAUAAAAAUAAAAAA